AUGCGCGCACUCAAGGCCGUGUCUGCCAAGUACAACUUCCUCACGGGUGCAGCAGAAGGCCUUCCUGCGUGCCCCACAUAUCAGCUGUUUCUGGACUUCAAUUGCUUUGCAGUCGAUCUGAACUUUUGUGGCAGCGACCAGACUCAGAAGAGCUCUGGCUGGUGCAAGUGGUUCUGCGGCAACGAUCCCUUCAGUCCGCCUUGCAGCGGCCAUGGCGUGUGCUAUUACGUUGCUCCAAGCACCGAUAUCGCGUGUGCUUGUGACGCGGGGUACAUUGAUGGAAGCACUGCCUUGACGUGUGUUGCACAAGGGCCGUACAUCCCCGCGCGCCUCUCCUCCUUCUCCGACGCAGUGGAUGUGUUCCGCUCCGCUUACUCUGCCCCCAAUGGCUCCGUCUUCCUCUCCCCGCCAUCGCCUACAGCAUCAUGGGGAGCAGCCUUCAUACAGCAGCCUAUCACUCUCUUCCUAUCUACCAGCCGAAAGACACCCUGCGACCAGCCCAUAGCCUUUUCAGUCGAUUUUGCAUUUCGAAUGACCCCGGCUUGUGCUGGCUCAUCCACAGCAGGCGAGGGCCUGGCGUUUGUGGUCACCGCGGCGGCGCCGCAGGGGGCUGCAACGGGGGUGGGGCUGGGAGGGGUGGGGAAGCGGAGUGUGGCGGUGGAGUUUGACUCGGUGCUGAGUGUGAAGCACAGCGACCCCAACGACAACCAUGUGGGCGUCAAUGUGGGCGGCUCACCUGUGUCCCUCGCCUCUGCCACGGCCCCUCUCAUCCUUAACGACGCCCACACCAAGCAUGCCUGGAUCCACUACGACCCCACCAGCGGCGACACCCUCCGAGUCUUCCUCUCAGCCUCCAGGCAGCAGCCGUCCAAGGCUGUGGUGACGGCCAGAGUGUCUCUGUGCAGCGCGCUCAAGCCCACCAUAGGGGAUUCCUCCUUCCUCUUCGGCUUUGUGGCUGCCUCGUUGAAAAGCGCUCAGGGGCAUGACGUCCUGUGGUGGAAGGUUGCCACCGGCAGUGCGUUCGGGAUGGUAGCAUCAGCAGAGGAGGUGGCAGCAGGCGGUGAGGGUGAGAGUGUGCCCGUGUCGUUCCACUAUUCCAGCCUCUCCUUCCUCCCCACUACGGACAGUCUGCCCAUGUGGAAGCUUCCUGCAUUUGUCACGUGGAUGCGGGACAUGGCAACAUGGCCUGUGAAGAACCAGCAUGGAUGCGCAUGGGGGUUGUGGCAUGGGGGGUGUGGCAUGGGGGGUGUGGCAUGGGGGGUGUGGCAUGGGGGGUGUGGCAUGGGGGGUGUGGCAUGGGGGGUGUGGCAUGGGGGUUGGGGCAUGGGGGGUGUGGCAUGGGGGGUGUGGCAUGGGGGGUGUGGCAUGGGGGGUGGGGCAUGGGGGGUGGGGCAUGGGGGAUGGGGCAUGGGGGGUGGGCCAUGGGGGGUGGGCCAUGGGGGGUGGGCCAUGGGGGGUGGGCCAUGGGGGGUGGGCCAUGGGGGGUGGGCCAUUGGGGGUGGGCCAUGGGGGGUGGGCCAUGGGGGGUGGGCCAUGGGGGGUGGGCCAUUGGGGGUGGGCCAUGGGGGGUGGGCCAUGGGGGGUGGGCCAUUGGGGGUGGGCCAUUGGGGGUGGGCCAUUGGGGCCGACUCCUCGGCGUACGCGGUGGUGGCGGCAGUGGAGGCGGCCUACAGCAUCGCGAGCAACGGGUCGCAGCCCCCCCGGCUGUCGGUGGAGCAGCUGCGGGUGGCCGUGUCGGCCAACUGCGACGACAUGCCUCCGCGCGAUGUGCUGGCCUUCCUGGUGGCUGCCACGCGCAAGGGAGGGGGGCUCGUGGAUGACGCAGCAGCAGCGGCCGCCAGUCCCAACAGCAUGGCGUCCGCCGGCCGCCGGGAGAGACUGGCCGCGAAGCCCAAGCACCACGGAAUUCAGGGAUUUGAGGAGACCUCCUUUGGAGGUUGGUUGGGAUUGCUGCUGGCAGUGCAGCGGCAGCCAGUGGUUGUGCGAAUAGAGGCGUCUGCACCAUCAUUCCUUGACUACGAUGGGGCUCUUGCACUGGACGUUGUGUGCAUGCUCAUGUUCUGGCUAAGCAGCUUCUCUCAUCUGCAUGUGCUGUGUGGUGUGUGCACGGCAGCUACUGCCGACCCAUGUGGCAGCAAGUCAGUGAUGCUGGCGGGCUCACCGGGAGGGGCAGGGAGCAACGCGUUCAACCCGUGUGGGCAGUUCAAGUGCUCCAAGGCCGGAGCAUCCAACCGUUGUGCCUGCGCUGCUCCCCACUUCGUCCAGGCCUCCCACCCUGACGGCUCCAACACCUGCGCAUAUGGUGACAGCAAGGGCAGGUACACGGUGCGUGGCAGCAAUGUGUGGUGCUCGCAUGUGCUGCCUGUGUUCGGCCUCACUCUGGACCAACUCAAGCAGCACAACAAGAAGCUCUCCUGCUCCAAGCCCAUCCCACUGGGGUUCAAGCUCACCGUCACACCACCUCAGCUUCUUCCCACCUGCUCACUCAUCUACACCACCCACCUUGGUGACAGCUGUCCAUCCAUUGCUGAGCUGUUCCAUUUGAGUGAAAAGUGCCCUGUGGAGGGCGAGGCAUGCAGAGAGGCGCUGGUGGGGCUCAACCCCGGGCUGGACUGUUCAGCACUCACGGGCAGGCAGGCUGUGUGUGUGGAGCGGGAUGAGAGCAAGGCGGGGAUGGUGGCAGUGUGUGACGAGCACUAUGUGAUGGCGACCAGUGGCGGCUGCGACGCAGCAAGAAUGGCUGUGGAUCCUACUUUAAGUCCACUGGAGUUCUAUCGCCUAAACCCAGGCAUCAACUGCAACAACCGCCUGCCGACUGCUACGUUUGAGGGCUCCUCACAGCGCAUGGUGUGCAUCCGCAGCAGCAUCAGGUUCAAAAUGGGCACAUGCCCAGGUGGCACGUACAACAUUUCAGCUGGAGACAGCUGCAAGAAAAUUGAUGUGCUGAGGCUAUAG